GGCCAGCUGUCAGCAGCACCACGGACAGCAGCUCGGGUCUCUGGCACCGCAUCAUCUCUCAGAGCGGACUCGCAUCCUCCACACUGCGCAUCGGACAUCUACUUUUCUUGCAGGGAAAAAAAGGCGUGCUUCAUACACACGCUUUUUAGGCAAGAGGUGAAGAAAAACCUGCAUAAUCAAGGUAGCUUCAAUGAAGCAAAGCAGCUCGAACCGUGCAUUUGAUAACGCGCAGCCGCAAACGGAACGUACGGCGGACCAGUGACCGUGCGCAUUCCGCCGCAGUGAGCAUGAACCUCGCACCCCGGUCCUUCCACCUCUAAACACACACACACACACACACACACACACACACACACACACACAUAGUGCUUUCCAGGAUUCAUACAGCUAAAGAAGGACAUCAGGUUCUUGUGACCAUGCGCUUCAUCUUUGUGCUCUUCGUUCUGCUGUCCUGCUCCUGCGCUCUCGGAGGUUCCGAGACGAAGGUCGUGAACAUCGGUGCGGUGCUGAGCCAGAAGCGAUACGAGCAGGUGUUUAAGGAUGCGGUGAACCAGGCCAGCGUGGUGUACGGCAGAGACAGGUUCAAACUCAACGCCAUCUCCGUCACGCACAAAGCCAACGCUAUUCAGAUGGCGCUGUCCGUGUGUGAGGACCUCAUCUCCAGCCAGGUCUAUGCAAUUUUGGUAAGCCAUCCUCCACAGUCCAGUGACCACCUCACACCUACGCCAGUCUCCUACACUGCAGGCUUCUACCGUAUUCCUGUGGUCGGCCUCACAACCAGGAUGUCCAUCUACUCCGAUAAGAGUAUCCAUCUUUCGUUCCUGCGCACUGUGCCGCCGUACUCCCACCAGGCGCACGUGUGGUUUGACAUGAUGCGCGAGUUCCGCUGGAACCACAUCAUCCUCAUCGUCAGCGAUGACCACGAAGGUCGAGCCGCACAGAAGAGACUCGAGACGCUUCUGGAGGAAAGAGAGACCAAGAAUAAAAAAAGGAACUAUGAAAACCUCGACCAACUGUCCUAUGACAACAAGCGAGGACCUAAGGCAGAGAAAAUCCUCCAGUUCAACCAAGAGACUAACUUAACUGCCCUGCUGCUGGAGGCCAAGGAGCUGGAGGCUCGCGUGAUCAUUCUGUCUGCCAGUGAAGACGAUGCUGCAGCCGUGUACAAGACUGCUCGGUUUCUCAACAUGACUGGCUCUGGCUACGUGUGGCUAGUCGGAGAGCGAGAGAUGUCUGGUAAAGCUCUGAGUGAAGCUCCUGAUGGACUAAUCGGCCUUCAGCUCAUUAAUGGCAAGAACGAGUCUGCACACAUCAGCGACGCGGUGGCCGUCGUGGCUCAGUCCAUUCAGGAGCUGUUCGAGAAGGAGAACAUCACUGAACCUCCUCGGGGUUGUGUAGGCAACACCAACAUCUGGAAAACCGGGCCACUCUUUAAAAGGGUUCUGAUGUCAUCCAAAUACCCAGAAGGUCUGACAGGACGAGUGGAGUUUAAUGAUGAUGGAGACAGGAAGUAUGCUCAUUACAGCAUCCUCAACUAUCAGAAGAGCAGGCUGAUUCAAGUCGGCAUUUAUAACGGAACUCAGGUGGUGCUAAAUAAGCAGAGGAAGAUCAUCUGGCCUGGAGGAGAUACAGAUAGACCGAGAGGAUUCCAGAUGUCCACGUGGCUAAAAAUCGUCACGAUACAUCAGGAGCCUUUUGUGUACGUAAAGCCGACCAUGCUGGAUGGAACCUGCAAGGAAGAAUACACACCGAAUGGAGUCUUAAUUAAAAAAGUGAUCUGCACUGGACCGAAUGAGACUAUCCCAGGACGUCCAACAGUGCCUCAGUGCUGUUAUGGAUUCUGCGUCGACCUACUGAUCAAGCUGGCCAUGACUAUGAACUUUACUUAUGAGGUCCAUCUGGUGGCUGAUGGGAAAUUUGGAACACAGGAGAGAGUGAACAACAGCAACAAAAAGGAGUGGAACGGCAUGAUGGGAGAGCUGCUGGGCGGCCUUGCGGACAUGAUCGUUGCUCCGCUAACCAUCAACAAUGAACGAGCUCAGUACAUUGAAUUCUCCAAACCGUUCAAAUAUCAAGGACUCACCAUCCUUGUGAAAAAGGAAAUUCCUCGUAGUACGCUGGACUCGUUCAUGCAGCCGUUCCAGAGCACGCUGUGGCUUUUGGUGGGUCUGUCGGUGCAUGUGGUGGCGGUGAUGCUUUACCUACUAGACCGGUUCAGCCCUUUUGGAAGGUUUAAAGUGAACAGCGAAGAAGAAGAAGAAGAUGCCCUCACCUUAUCCUCGGCUAUGUGGUUCUCCUGGGGAGUGUUGCUGAACUCUGGAAUUGGAGAAGGGGCCCCGCGUAGCUUCUCAGCGAGAAUCCUUGGUAUGGUGUGGGCCGGCUUUGCUAUGAUCAUCGUAGCAUCCUACACUGCCAACCUGGCUGCCUUCUUGGUGCUGGACCGGCCUGAGGAGCGCAUCACCGGCAUCAAUGACCCGAGGUUGAGGAACCCAUCAGACAAGUUCAUCUACGCCACAGUGAAGCAGAGUUCGGUGGAUAUCUACUUCCGGCGUCAAGUUGAGCUGAGCACCAUGUAUCGUCACAUGGAGAAGCACAACUACGAGAGCGCUGCUGAGGCCAUCCAGGCUGUCCGGGACAACAAGCUGCAUGCUUUCAUCUGGGACUCUGCGGUGCUGGAGUUUGAAGCUUCGCAGAAGUGCGACCUGGUGACCACGGGAGAGCUGUUUUUCCGUUCGGGCUUUGGCAUAGGCAUGCGCAAGGACAGCCCCUGGAAACAGAAUGUGUCCCUGGCUAUUCUCAGUUCACAUGAGAAUGGCUUCAUGGAGGACCUGGAUAAAACCUGGGUGAGAUACCAGGAGUGUGACUCAAGGAGCAAUGCCCCAGCCACACUCACCUUUGAAAACAUGGCAGGGGUCUUUAUGCUGGUGGCUGGAGGCAUUGCAGCAGGGAUCUUCCUCAUCUUCAUUGAAAUUGCAUACAAGCGACACAAAGACGCUCGCAGGAAGCAGAUGCAGCUAGCCUUUGCGGCCGUCAAUGUCUGGAGAAAGAACCUCCAGGACAAUAAGGAGAGUGCUGUGAGUCAAGUUGUGGCUGCAGCUGGGACUCCGUCUUUACCCUCUUCCUCUGUAGAGACUCAGGAUGAUAGGAAAAGUGCUAGAGCAGAGCCCGACCCCAAAAAGAAACCCUCUUUUAGGUCCAUCAGUACCACCCUGGCCUCCAGCAUCAAGAGACGUAGGUCCUCCAAAGACACGCAAUUCCCACCCACAGACAUCACGGGCCAGCUCAACCUGUCUGACCCGUCUGUCAGCACCGUGGUGUGAGACAGAGAAAGAUUGAUCGGGAGAUCGUUCAUUUCUGAAGGACACAUACAGGGUGGGGGGGAAUCGGUGUUCGCCCAGGAUUUUCCCUCGUCCCUCGUUGCUCACGAGCUUCUGCACCUUCAUGAGGAGAAGAGAACGGAGCCGAUCUUCUACAGUGAACAUUUUUUCGAGACGGGCUCAGCGCUACAUCGCAUUGGAUUCCUUAUAACGCACAUGCAUAUACACCUACUUAUAGUGUAGUCUUCAUAAGUUGACAUUCAAACCGGACAUCAUCAGAAGGUCUUCUGAAACCUAGCAAAGAUGUCUUUUAAGUAUUUUUUGUAUAGGUUGAUAUAUUUCAUCAAUGACGUAUAUUCGAACAAAGUCAUUAUUAUUACUAAGUUCGUACACAACUUAUAUGUUUAGAAGCUGUACUAGAUUUUCAGGAUCUUUCUGUUGAUCUGCCUUUUUACGGUAUCAGUUGCUUUCUCUUCUUUAAUCGUUGUCUAUUCUGUAAGGAAGAACAGUGUUCGAGAGAGCAUGCGAAUACUACCUGAGUAAAAAAAAAAUACAUUUAGUGCAUUGUGAAUAGUGUUAAUACUUGAAAAACGAUUUCUAACGAUGUAAUACUGUAUAUGGCACUUUACGACGACCUUACGACCAAGUGUGUGGUCUUUGGUUUUGUACUCGAUACUGUUUGUAUACCUUUCGAAAGCCAUGCGCUCUUUAGCAGUGAGCCAUUUGCAUGUUUAAAAUGCAUGUGAAAUUUUUUAGCCAUGUCACAAAAACAAAGCGCUGACCUUUUCCUCCCCCCUGCAAUACCAACGCCGUGCAUAUCAGCGUGCGCAAAAACGGCGUUACCUGCAGACUGGAUCAGGAGCGACAUAAAAAAAGGAAGUAAAGACUUUGCUCCGUAAAAAAACAACUCUUUCUCUGUCUCGCCGGUUGAAGUUCUCUUCCUCUUUCUCAGCUCCAGUCUCUGUAAGGGGUGCAUCAAACUGCCACGUUUUUUCAUCCAACCAUCACUUGGUGUCUCACGCAAAACAGUCUCUCUCUCGCGCGAGACCCUUUUACGCGAGGAAACUCCAAGUGAGUUGCUUUCUAUUUAACUUUGGUGCUGCAGUUUUGUAUACACCUACUGGUUAGAUGUAAAAAACAGGCCGUUUCCCAUGUUCUGGGGUUGAGAAACAUUUUGUUCUGUUGAUCUCUGUUGACCUCUGACAUCUGAACCAGCAAUGUGAAUUAUGAGCAUUCUUGUUCACACAAUCUGUGAUGGACAAAUGAUUGAAAGAUUAUUCCUUAAAUAUAACACGCAGAAUAUAUGAACUUGUCAUUAUUGUGAUUUUUUUCAGUUUCUUUUGUCCUAAAAAGGCUAUUUUCGAUACAAAAAAAAUUGCCUUUCGAUCUUAGACAACCAUAAUAUAAUUUUUAAGGCCAUCAUCUCUGACAAAUGAGUGCAUGCAUGUUUUCUUUAGUGUUACUCUAUUUCAACCCAUACUUUAUGUACCUACAACACACUAUUGUAGCUGCUGUCGGGUCAAUUGCAGUGUACAUACAUUUUGUAGUAGGCUGUAUUUUGGCUUUCUGGAGAACUUAAGGAUGUGAUAAGGAUGUGUUCAGUUUUACAGACACUGAUAUUCUGUAAAUCCUGUAGACAAUUGACUCAUAGACCUAGACAUAAGCUUUAACACAUUAUCAUUAUAACAAACUCUCAUGUUAGACCUAUUUAAAUGAGAAUUGCUUCAGAGUUUGCUUUUUGAGUUCAAGCAAACCUUUUGUUUGUAUUUAGAUUACAAGGCGAAUCAGACAUUUCUGUGCAAAUAAAAAUAUUUGCAGAUGA